UAAUCAGCCUCCAACAACCCUUCGGAAUCUUCCAUAUGGGACCUUUCGGACUGUUGAAAAAGAUUAAAAUUUUAUUACUUAAAAUAAUUUCCCUUGUUUUCUCCAGGAUGCUUCGUUUGCAAAUCAAAAUUAAAGAGCCGAAAGAUGGAAGGUACAGAUUGGACGCCGCUGCCAACGGAUGCAACUAGCGAGAAGAAACUGACCCUCCAUUAGAUCUCUGAGGAAAAAGUUCAAAAGCGUUUUUUUUGUUUUUUGUUUUUUGUUUUUUGUUUUUUGGUUCGUCUUAAUUCUUACAUGGGAAAGGGAAAAACUUUGAUUUCUUUUCUUUAUUUACUAAUUCAAUAAAUUUUAUCGAGCUAAUUAAUAUAAUGUUGUUAUACCCAUUUUCCGUUCCGUCGCCCUCCGCCAUCUUCUUUCUCUAUCUGUCUCGACCUUUUCCUCCUUCGCGGACCGCUUAGCGGAGCGUAGCUUCGUUAUGGCCGUCUGAACUAUUUCCCUCUUGGAUUAUUUGUUGGGGGUUCGAUAAAGGAGGAAAGGAGAGGAGAGAAGAUUUUAGGGAUGGAUAAGAAUGAAGAGACGGGGGGCGCUUCACUCUUCCUGCAUACGACAGAAGAUGUUGCAACGGCAAGAACUGCGGCAACCGAUCCGCGCUCCCCUCGUCCUUCUGUUAUAUAUUCUUCCAAAGACGACGAGGGCGGCAGUCCACUUCAAAGACUGCAGCGUCAAGUUAAUAAAGUGAUUAAAGGCCUCUCAAGUCCUCCUCAGGCCAAAAAUGCAGGAACCUACAAUCCUGAAGUUCUCACUACUCAAAAGCGUCAGUGGGCCAACUUCCAGUUGCAAUACUUGGAUCAUCGAUCUCUAAAGGAGCCAACUAGGAUUUUUGAGAGCAUGGUUGUUGUUGGCCUUCAUCCUAAUUGUGACAUCCAAGCGCUCCAGAGGCAAUACGUUGCAAGGAAGUCCGAAGGUUCUGGGAGACUGCGAACUGCACUUAAUAGUCAGAGUCAAUCACGGGUGGAACCUCAUCUUGAACCACAAGUCCUAUUUGUUUAUCCUUCAGAUAAACAGUUACCACUCAAAUACAAAGACCUUCUUUCAUUCUGCUUUCCAGGAGGUGUGGAGGUUCAUGCUGUUGAAAGAACUCCUUCCAUGAGUGAGUUGAACGAGAUUCUUCUUGGGCAGGAACACCUAAAGCAAAGUGACCUCUCAUUUGUAUUCCGCUUACAGGUUGCUGAUGAUUCGACAUUGUAUGGAUGCUGUGUUUUAGUUGAAGAAUUGGUGCAGAAACCAUCUGGAUUGCUUUCUAUUUCUGAAAAAUCACCUUCCUACUCGUCCUUGAGCCGUCACAUACUAACUACACGUAGAUGCUAUUGCAUUCUAUCUCGGUUGCCAUUUUUUGGAUUGCAUUUUGGUGUGUUGAAUAGCAUCUUCAUCGAAGAAAGGCUGGAAAGAUUAACAAAGGGUAUUGCUGUUUUGAAUUUGGAAUCCACAGAGAAUUUGGGCAAUGAAGAAGAUUUGGUAGAAGACGUAGUUUGCAUGACUGUGGAUCAGAAAGCAACCGAAGAUAUGCCCAAGGAAAAAGAGGAAUAUUCUCAAAGAAUGCUGGGUGAUGAAAAUCAUUUAGAGAAUCAAAUGCACGAUGGAAAUUUUCAAUUUUUGAAAAAGGGCGUAAGUGAUGAUAUAGUUGUCCCACUUGAUCCAGAAUCAGAGGUAGUUAUAGCCCAAACAGAAUCUGUUACUGUACAUAAGGAAAAUCACGAUAUUGAUGUUGAUGAUUUUUCAAGAAAUAAGCAAGCAAUUGAUAGGCGUUUGCCAAAUGCAGUUCUACCCCUCCUCCGUUAUUAUCAAUAUGAAAGCUCUGAAUCGUCCUCGAGUUUUCAGGGGUCUCCGAGUGAAGACAGAAAUUUCCGGAGUGAUGCUGAUGAUACAGAGACAGAGGAGGCAUCUUUCUCUGGCCAAGAUGAUUCCACUGACCUACUUGACAUUCUUGAAUGGGCCAAGGAAAAUAAGAAUGGAUCAUUACAAAUCAUAUGCGAGUAUUACCAGUUGCAAUAUCCUGCUAGGGGCUGUUCUGUUAAGUUUCAUCCUCUGGAGCACCUACAUCCUAUGGAGUAUUAUAGAUCAGGCGAAACAGUUUUACAUUUCGCUGGCUCGACUAUUGAUCCAAGAUCAUGCAGUACAAGUCUUGAAUUGGCUGAGGCACAAGGUGCUCUCAUGGUAGAGGAGGAAGCAAAUGCCUUAUCAAUAUGGACUGUUGCAAGCAUUUGUGGUUCUUUACGCCUUGAGCAUAUUCUAUUGAUUUUAGCUGGAGCACUGCUGGAGAAGCAGAUUGUGAUCGUUUGUUCCAAUUUGGGUAUCCUAUCUGCUUCAGUUUUAUCGAUUAUCCCUAUGAUUCGUCCCUACCAGUGGCAAAGCUUGCUGAUGCCGGUUUUACCGAAUGACAUGCUGGAUUUUUUGGAUGCACCCGUUCCUUAUGUAGUUGGUGUGAAGAAUAAAACUAGUGAAGUACAGUCAAAGUUAACAAAUGCCAUUCUGGUUGAUGUUAACAAGAACCAGGUCAAGGCCCCAACAGUACCUCAACUGCCUAAACAAAGGGAGUUAUUCUCAUCAUUAAGACCAUAUCAUGCAGAGCUAGUCGGAGAAAGUUAUUUGGGGAGAAAGAGGCCAGUUCAUGAAUGCACUGAUGUGCAGGUUGAAGCCUCCAAGGGUUUCCUAAAAGUGCUAAGAUUGUACUUGGACUCUCUCUGUUCUAACCUCCGUUCACAUACAAUUACAAACGUGCAAUCCAAUGAUGAUAAGGUAUCAUUACUCUUGAAGGAGAGCUUCAUUGAGUCAUUCCCAAGUCGUGAUCGGCCAUUUUUGAAGCUUUUUGUGGACACACAGUUGUUCUCUGUACAUACAGAUCUCGUUCUGUCUUUCUUCCAGAAGGAAUGAUCCGGCCGCAACAUGAACGCAAGUUCAAUGAUGUAUAAUAAUUUAUAUACUACUUGAAAUGGUGUUUUUCUUUUUUCAAUCUACAAGUUCCAAUUUUCUAGGCAUGAAAUGUCUCCUCGUACUCUUUGGUUUCUUUGUUUCCCAGACAUUUCAUCGACAUUGGGACUUUACAGUUCAAAUCAUUUCAAGAAAUGUAGAUGAAGUGGACUGUAUUUCAUAGACAAUAAAUUGAUAGGAAAAGAGCAAAUCUUGGUGAUAUUUAUUAUACAUAUAGCUACCAUUGUUUUGGUUGUCUUUAUUUUGAGGAUGACCAGGAACUGAAUGACAAAGCAGUAAAGACCCGUUUGGCUUCGAA